GUCCAAUCCACACGACGAUGAACGGCUACGGCGCAGCCAACGGCGCAAACGGGCCCAGCAACGCGGUCGACGCGAGCGUCGCGGCCGUGCCCAUCCCCGCCGGGCCGACCAACCAGCCCAAGGUGCUCGUCCGCGCGCUGCAGAAGGACGAGACGACGUUUCAUUUGAGCGGCGUCGACCUCGCGUUUGCCAACAGCCUGCGGCGGACGAUGAUGGCGGAUGUGCCGACUAUCGCCAUCGACCAGGUGUCCUUCUACCAGAACACGUCGCCCAUCCCAGACGAAAUGCUCGCCCAUCGCCUGGGCAUGGUCCCGCUCGUGUCGCGCGACGUGAUCAAGGGGUUGAGGUAUACGAGGGACUGCGACUGCGACGAAGGGUGCUACUACUGCAUGGUGACGCUGCGGCUCAAGGUGUCGGCUGCGAACAGGGAUUACGGGCAGCACAUGAGCGUUACGAGUGAUAUGCUGGAGAUUAUCCCCAGUCCUAGGACGCCCGGCUCCAACCCGUAUGGCGGCGACCCCGACAUCGGCCCCGAAGAGGACCUGAUCAUCCGCAACCGGCACCCGGACCUCGGCCAGCCGGUGGGCAAGGGCGAUCCCACCGUGAUGCCGGUGCUGCUGGCGCGCAUCGGGCGCGGGCAGGAGAUCGAGGUGGUCUGCAAGGCGUACAAGGGCAUCGCGAAGCACCAUGCCAAGUGGAGUCCGCUGAGCGCCGUCGCGUUCGAGUACGACCCGUACAACAAGCUGCGGCACACGACGUACUGGUUCGAGACGGACGAGCAGGGCGAGUGGCCGCUGAGCAAGAACGCAGAGUUCGAGGCCCCGCCCGAUCCUGCCGCGCCGUUCGACUUCACGGCGGUCCCGAGCACGUUCUACUUCUCGGCCGACGGCGUCGGCGCGCUGCCCGUCAAGGACGUGUUUGACCAGGCGUGCGACAUCAUCAUCGAGAACCUCGCUGAGAUUGUGCUUGCCGUCCAGCGCGAGACGGGCGCGGAAGAGGACGCGGACGAGGAGGAAGCCGGUGGUGGUAUCGUCGAGCCGGGCUACGGCGGCGGACCUAAUGGCCAGUAUGAUGGCUAUGGUGGUGGUGGUGGCUAUGAUGGCUACGGUGGGGGCGGAGGUGGCGGUGGCGGUGGAGGGUGGGGACAGCCCCAGCAGCAGCAGCAGGGCGGCCAGCCAUCUUGGGCCGCGAGCCCACUGAGGCGUUAG